GCUUGCCAAUAUUUAAAUUGCUGCGCACCAACGUAACUGUAUUGACUAUGUCACUGUCAAUAUCGUGUUUCCUAACGAAAGUACAUAUGAUUUGCUUCACGAUGUAAUCGUCGCUACGCCGUCCAAUUGCGCUCAGUCGAUCGUGGUCGUCGCUUACGGACGUAUCUCUUUCCGUUUGCGCGUAACAACCGAUCGCGUCGUGUAUUCGCAACACGUGUGUCGCUCGAAAGGCGAGAGCGUACGUUAGCAAUAUUGGGAAAAAAAUACCAAAAAUUUUUUUCACUCGUCAUCAUUGUAGCGUGUUAACUUUUGCAGUGUGUGACUUGUCUCGCUCGAGUUAAAUAAUCCAAUUUUUCAGUCAGAGAAUAAUUAAAAUAUUUUUCUCUUCAUUUUACUUCUGCGAUUUAUUACUUUUGUUUGAAUUCAAUAAAUCGAUUGGUUAAACGAUUGACGGAAUUAAAAUUCUGAAACACUGAAUCAUGCUCUGACGAAUACAGUUUUAAACUCGGGUGAAACAAUAGAAGGAAAGAAGAAUAGAAAGUGUGUCGAAGUUGUUAGACAAUCGGUUAUCGUUCGCCGUUUGGAAAGAAGCUGUCAUUGCAUUUGAACACGCAGCCGGCUGUAGUACACGCGGUCACCUGACAGUAAUAGAAUACAGCGUUAAUUUGGAAUGAAAUAAUUUUGGACUGGUCUCAUUUUAAGUGAAGAUGGUGACUGUAUCGGAAAGAGGAUACUUUCAUUGGAUCGAUUGGCUGGUGUUUGCACUUAUGCUCCUCGUGUCUGCCGCAGCCGGCUUAUGGCACUUCAGAAGAGCGCAAAAGUCUACCACACAGGACUACCUGCUCGGAGGAAGAAGCUUAGGACUCUUUCCCGUGUCCGCGUCGCUCGUUGCCAGCUUCAUAUCAGGCGUGACGAUCUUGGGUACCCCGGCAGAGAUUUACAACUUUGGCACGCAAUAUUGGAUCACGAUCAUCUCGACUUUAUUCGCCGGUAUCGUGGUCGUCACCGUGUAUCUCCCUGUCUUCACUACUCUGCAGCUUGAUUCCGUUUACGAGUACUUGGAGAUCCGAUUCAGCCGAAGCGUGCGGAUUCUCAUCUCUUCGAUUUUUGUCUUCGACGUGGUUCUGUUUCAAUCGAUCGUGAUCUACGUUCCGGCGUUAGCGUUAAAUCAAGUGAGCGGUAUCGAUAUACACUUGAUUGGGGCCAUUGUGUGCUUCGUAUGCGUUUUCUACACCGUUCUGGGCGGUAUUCGAGCGGUGGUUUGGACGGACGCGUUACAAGUUGGCGUGAUGAUAGCAGCGGUCAUCUCAGUUGCCGCUCUGGGGACACAUCAGAUAGGAGCGUCUGAAAUUUGGGACAAGGCCGUCAAUGCCGGACGCAUCCAAUUUCUGAACUUCGAUCCGUCACCGUACACGCGGCACACUGUUUGGACGGUGCUGUUUGGCUCCUGGCUGUACAACACCGCGUACAUCGCCGUCAAUCAAACCAUGGUGCAACGAUACAAGUCGUUAAAAAGUACGAAAAUAUCUCAAGUAUCCAUCGCGAUAUUUACCGUCAGCAUAAUGGUGUUUAUCUCAAUAUGCUGCUGGUGCGGACUGGUCCUCCUUGCUUGGUGGUCACCGCCGAAAUGCGAUCCAAGAGUUACCGGUUUAAUUACAGCCGAUGAUCAACUGUUGCCGGCUUAUGUCAUGGAGAUCGCCCACCAUUUGCACGGAAUACCCGGCCUCUUUAUUUCCGGAAUUUUUGGCGCGGCGCUCAGUUCGUUAUCAGUGGGCUUCAACUCGACAUCUGUCGUGAUUCUGGAGGACUUUGUCAAGGGCUGCUUUAAAAUGAAGCCUAGCGAUCGUUGCUCUACUAUUUUUGUGAAAAUCCUUGUUGUCCUGCUCGGCCUCUUGGCGUUAAGCUUACUUUUCCUUAUCGAAAAGUUGGGAGGGGUUUUAGCCGUGACAAACAGUUUGGCCGCCAUCGCCGCUGGAACUUCGUUCGGCGUUUUCACUCUGGGGCUCUUGUUCCCGUGGGCGAAUUCCAAGGGUGCCUUUAUUGGUACCAUUGCAGGAUUUAUAAUGUCUGGGUGGGUUAGCUUCGGAUCCAAUGCGGCUAUCGCUUCCGGUCUUGUUAUGCCAAAGAAACUUCCAGUUCCACAGUGCGCGGGGAAUGCUAGCAGCGACUUCUCGAAGCAAUUCGAAUUAAUCAACGAAGAUGACGUGUUCCCGUUAUACCGAUUGUCCUACCAUUGGGUCGCCCCUAUUGGCACGCUGAUGGUACUUUUGGUAGGCGGAAUGGUCACCUGGAUAACAGGUGCGAGGGACCCUUCGUCGAUCGACAAGAAUUUGCUCUCUCCCGUGAUUCAUAGAUGGUUACCGCAACAAAAAUUGCAAAAUGACGUAGACGGAUUGUGUGUGCCGAUAUCGAGUGAUCCUCAAGUGCCAAUGAAUUUAUUAUCAAGCGUCGUCAUUCGUCGAAAAUCGCAUCACGAUGUUUCUCAGCAGAAAGAAGAGCAAGAGACAAUGCCAUCGUGAUCAAUCUAUAGAUAUACUAAAUUAGCAAUCGCAAGAUUUUCAAAUUCUUUUUGUAAUACAAUUUUUAUUUUUAUGCUUUUGUUAGACUAUGCAUUUAAGGAUUUUUGAUAAAACGAAAGUGUAACGUAAAUUUCUGCGUGGUCAUUAUGAAACCGAACAGUUGUCUAAUAAUUGUUCGGAUCGUCCAACUCAAAGUUCAAAUUGUAAUUAAUUGAUUAUAUCUACAAAGUAUGCUACUUUAUACUGUCCUAACUUCCAGCAAGUUAGAUGCGUAAAAGAGAAAAUAAAAAAUGAUAUAUUUUUGAUAUAUCCAUAUAGAUAUAUAUAUACGUCCGCAAUAGACAAUGCGAUACAUAAUGUAUGUUUUAUUGAUAUUUUUUUAUAAAAUAUGAAAAUAUUUUAUAGUGUAUUUUUCAUAAAAUAAGUAGAAACAA